AUGAGCACAGUGGGCAUGAAAUACAUGUUAAAUGGUGAUAUCGGUGCCACUGGAAAGAAGGAACAGAUAGCAGAACCAAGGGUACAGGAGACCUACAAAACACGGCUCUGGCUCGCCAGACUUUUUGUGGAUGAUGCAGCACUGGGAGCACAGUUCUUCAGCAUGAUCCCCCAAUGGUCUGGGUGUACCUUUCACCGCACGGGAGGAUUCACGAGUGUUUUCUCACCUCUAGGACCUGAGCACUGGCAUCAGGACUUCCCCAUUGCCAAGGGAGAGCGCCAGUCCCCUGUUGAGAUCGACACCAAAGCAGUCAAGCAUGACCCUUCCUUGAAGCCUCUGAGUGUUUCCUAUGAACAGGCGACUUCUCGGAGGAUCAUCAACAACGGUCAUUCUUUCAAUGUAGAGUUUGAUGACUCCCAGGACAAAGCAGUGCUGAAAGGAGGACCCCUCGAUGGCACUUACAGACUAAUUCAGUUUCACUUUCACUGGGGUUCAGCUGACGGGCAUGGUUCUGAGCAUACUGUGGAUAAAAUGAAAUAUGCUGCAGAACUUCACCUGGUUCACUGGAACACCAAAUAUGGGGAUUUUGGAAAAGCUGCGCAACAACCCGAUGGACUGGCUGUUUUGGGUAUUUUUUUGAAGAUUGGCAAUGCUAAACCAGGCCUUCAGAAAGUCCUUGACGUACUGGACUCCAUUAAAACAAAGGGCAAGAGUGCUGACUUCACUAACUUCGAUCCUCGUGGCCUUCUUCCUGAAAGCUUGCACUACUGGACCUACCCAGGCUCACUGACCACCCCUCCCCUUCUGGAAUGUGUGACCUGGAUAGUGCUCAAGGAACCCAUCAGUGUCAGUAGCGAGCAGAUGUCGAAAUUCCGUAAACUCAGCUUCAAUGAGGAAGGUGAACCUGAAGAACCCAUGGUGGACAACUGGCGGCCGUCUCAGCCACUGCACAACAGACAAAUCAGAGCUUUCUUCAAAUAAGAUGGUCCCACAGCUGGUGUCCAAAUCAUGAAUCUGCAGGGGUUUUCCUUUAGCUAAGCACAAAUCUACCUUGGUGAUUUGGACCCUGGCUGCUUUGUGUCUGGUUUUCUAGACCCUUCAUCUCUCACCUAAUGUUCUUACUAAUAAAAUGUGAAGAGCUAGACCAACUGUCAUGCUUGACAGAACUGCUGUGAUGGGUAGUUUGUUUGUGGUGGUAGCCUUUCUGUAAUAGAGAAUAUGAUGUAAGGAAUGGGAAUAAAGUAACUUGACUUCAUUCAUUGCUUGUAGGGUGAUGGCCACUCACAACUGUUCACUAAAAUCCUAUUUUUAAAACAUAGGAAAGUAGAAUGGGUGAGUGCAAAUCUGUCAUGAGAUACAUUGAGCUAGUUAAGGCAAAUCAGGUAAAAUAGUCAUGAUUCUAUGUAAUGUAAAUCAGAUAAGAUAAAUAUUCAUUAUUCCAAGAUGUUAUAUUAAAGAAAAACUUUUAAAAUUCUUAUAUAUUUGUAGCAAAGUUAUAUUAAAUAUAUAUUAUGUUGUAAUCUAGUGACUUUUGAAUUAUGAGAUGUAAACAAAGUAGUAACUAAAAAUUGUUAUUAGUUGUGAUACAGAGUAUAUUUCCAUUCAAGUGAUAUAUCAUAACUUAAGAAAUAUUGUAUUUUAGAUAUAUUCUCUAAUAAAAUUUAGAAUUUUA